AUAAAGUCCAUACUUGACACUGACGUCCCUCAUGAAACUAAGAUAAUCGCUUUUAUCGGGGGCUCUUGUUCAAUAGUAUCAGAACCAACAGCUGCUCUUACCGGCCGCCUUUACAAAAUACCUCAAGUGUCUUAUGCCUCCUAUUCCCCUGUGUUGUCAGACCAGUCUAUGUAUCCUCUGUUUCUAAGGACGGCCCCUAGCGACCUUCUAAUGAACAGGCCAAGAUUUGCUCUAAUGGCCACUUAUGACUGGUGCUAUGUGGCUACUCUACAUCAAACAGCUAACCUCUUCUCUUUGGCUGUGCAAGAUUUCCACGAAUCCUUCAAGUCAACCCUAGGCACUGGACCAACUGGUACUUGUUCGGGUAGAGCAGAUAAUGACAAUCCCGUCCUGUUUAGCUUCACUGGUGAUCCACAGAUACCACUCAUGCAAAUAAAAAGCAAGAAGAUUCGUAUUAUCUAUGGUUUCUUCUAUGAAGACAAGGCAGUCCUAGUGAUGUGUUAUGCCCGUAAGCUGGGUCUUACGACCAACAACCACCUCUGGAUCCUUCCGGGUUGGUUCUCCGAGAGUUGGAUGGACUCUGCCAACACUUUAGAUUGGUCCCCCUACAACUGCUCUUGUAACAGCGAUGAAAUUAUGGAGGCUGCUAAAUACUCACUUCUAGUCGACGCCUUCUCACAACUGACCGAUGCAACGCUCGUGUCCGAUAGUGGCUAUACCAAUGCCUCUUAUUUUAAAGAAUACUAUUCUCGCCGAGAUAGCUAUUUCAAUAUUACAAACGCCACACCCUCUUAUGACAUCCCCAUAGAGCUCUCCUCAAAUGCAAUGUACGACGCAGUCUGGGCUACGGCACUAUCACUGAACGCUACUGAAACCAAGUUACAGUCAAUGGGACGUAAUCUGUCUGAAUUUGAGUACUCAGAUUCCACGUUUACUUUUUUACGGGACACCUUCUCCUCAAAUAUAAGUAAGAUGGUCACCGAGAAUAUGAAGAAUUUAGACUUCAUUGGAGUAUCAGGUCGUGUUACUUUUGAUGGGAAUGGCACGAGACUCACAUAUACUCAAAUAUCCCAAUAUGUCCCUGGUACUAGAAUGAUCAAUGGUACUGAGAGAGACGUACUAAACACUGUUAGGCUUGCCAUUUAUAAUGAAACUGAAACUGGUCUUGAUAUCACGUAUGUCGUAGAACCAAAAUGGAGACUCGGUCGUCCUCCUACAGACAGAAGUAGGCCAGUAAGUAUUUUAAUAUCUCCAGCUGUCAUUUACACUAUGGACACUGUCUUGGCCAUUGGUAUAAUUAUUGCAGUCGUGUUGCUUGUUUUUCAAAUUGUCACCAUCAGAAAACCUUUAAUGGCAAAUUCAGCUCCAUAUAUAAAUAUAAUCCUUAUAAUCGGUUGUAUUGUCAUGAUGGGAUCAUCAAUAUUACUUGGCAUUGACUCUGGCACACCUCAAGUCACCGAUGGGGACAGAGAUAAGAUACUUGAUGAAAUUGGCCCUUCUGCUAAAAACAGAUACGCCAUCAUUUGCAUGACUCGUGUUUGGUUGCUAACCAUUGGAUUCACUCUAUCCUUUGGAUCUCUCUUUGCUAAGACCUGGCAGGUCUAUAGAGUUUAUACGAAAGCUGACCUUGGGAAACAGCCUUUCAAGAUGUGGAAUUUCUUCAUCAUCAUGGCUAUACAACUGACAAUCGACGCCAUUUUUCUCAGCAUAUGGAUAGGAGUGUUUAGAUUUAGUCACCGGAUUUAUGAAGAAGAUAAUGAAGCUGAAAAUGCAAUUCGCAAGCAUGAAUACUGCUAUUGUGACAAUUUCUCAUACCUCGUUGGUUCUCUCUACGUCUACAAAGGCCUCCUGGUCGUCUUCGGACUCUUCUUGGCCUACGAGAGCAGGAAUGUCAAAUACACUUUCAUCAAUGAUUCUCGUUUUGUCUCAAUAGCAAUGUACAUUGUAGUGGUACUCAUUGCCAUCAGCGCCCCAUUGAGUCUGGUACUAGCUGAUCAACACUUUAUUAUUGAUCCCUCGUAUGCCAUUGCUGUCUUGCUCAUAUUUAUAACUUGUAUGAGCUGUCUCAUGAUACUGUACAUACCAAAGUUUUAUUAUCUUGCUAAAGGAGCGGACACUAUGGUCCCCUCCUCUAAGAAUGAGGCGUUCCUUCCUGUAGACAACCUCCAGCUGGGACAUACAGACGUCAAUCCAGAGGACGUCCAGUCUGCAGAACAAAAAAUAAAGCAACUUAAAGAACAAGUCAAACAAAGAGAGAUAGAGUUACUGAGUCUUGCAAGGCGAGCUUCAGACCAGGACAGUGGUGUCCUCUGUGCUUCCACUGAGGAUACAGGUGCAGAUGGAAGCAACAGAGGAUCAGAAUCACCCGCUACCAUGCAGACCCUUCAGGAUACAGUGACCACUGUGUCAUCUGAAGGAAAUGGAGGAGAUACUAUUAAUAAUAAUGAUGUAGAAGAAGAAGAGAAUGAAGGAGAGAGAGAGGGAGAGAGACAUGAGAAACUGCCACAAGAAAUGGAAGAAGGACGACAAGAAAAGGAUGUGAAAGAAAGAGGCGAUGAUGAUGAGGAAGAUAUUAAUGUUGCUCCUUUGACAAGGAAGAAGACAGUGACAAUAGCAGAUGUUGAAGAAAUAGAAUUGUAAAAGAACUUACCUUGCAUGUAUGCAUUAUUUUUGUUUGUUGUUGUGUUCUCAAUAGUUGUGAUUGUUUGUAUUAUUUUUAUUUCUCUUGUUCACCUUUUAUUAUUAUUUUAUUAUCAUGAUAUCUUUUCCCUUUCAUUUUUUUGUAAUUACAUUUCUACAUCUCAUACCUUUUUAUUGUUUCAUUAAUAAUA